AUCCUCUUUAUUCCCCACACCGCAGCCGAGAGUCAGAGAGGCAGCAUUGAGCCGAGGUUGGAGAGGAAGAACAGAGCGCAGAGCGGAAAGCGAGUCUCGUGAAAGCAGCGGGGACCCCGCGUACCACUUGGCCGCGAGAUCGAUGCCCUUUACGCCACACCGCCCGGGAGGAGAGCGAGCCCUCUAGGACAUCUGUACCGCCGCGGGAGAGAGAGAGAGACAGAGAGAGAGAGUAAGAGAGAGAGGACCCCGCCAACAAGGACCAGACGGAGUAGAGAGGUACGGGAGGGAAGAGUAAAUACCCGAUAAAAGAAGAAGAAGAAGUAGAAGAAGAAGAGAGACGGAGAGAGAGCGGAAGACAGAGCGCACAGUGGAAGACCAGCCGGAGCCGGUUCUCCUGAAGCUGUUCGCUGGUCACUUCACACCAGGCACAGACCAAAGCAGCUGAGAAGAGCAACUGAUUUGAGGUGGAGAACGGCGGUUAUUGACUGAGAACUUUCUUCCACUAAAGUGUGCGUUGUUCCCCGGCCGGUGAAGGGCGGGAGGAGAGCUUUGUGGAGGACUGUGUCGCCAGCAUGCUUCUUUUGCAGAAACCUUCCAGAACAAUGAAGCCUGCAGCAGCCUGGAUGCUGACCCUGGCUCUGUCUCUGGCCUUACAGACGCCCUCUCUCGCUGCUCCUUCGGGGGACAGUAAGCUGGUGCGCACCGUCAGAGUGAAGAGGCAGGCCCCGGGGGAGGAGUUUCUGGCCUCUGCCGCUCUGUCCAAUCAGAGCCUCGGGGAGCAAGCUGUGGUCUUCAACCACGUGUACAACAUCAAUGUGCCCAUGGAGUCUCUCUGCUCCGUGGACCUGGAGUCCUCCUCCGCUCCAGAUGUCCGAGCGGAUCUGGGAUCCCGACCCCCCAUGGAGGCUCUGGCUGGGCCCACAGAGUACACAGAGCAGACCGUGGACACCGACAGCCAGGUGACGUUCACCCACCGCAUCAACAUCCCCAAGGCGGCGUGUGGCUGUCCGUCGGCCACCACCGUGCAGCAGCUGGCCACCCGCAUCGAGAUGCUGGAGCGCGAGGUGUCCCUGCUCCGCGCCCACUGCGACUCCAGCUGCUGUGGGGACAACAGCGCCACCGGUCGCCUGGACUUCGUGCCGGCGUGCGGCGGCCACGGCAGCUUCAGCUUCGACCUCUGCGGCUGCGUGUGCGAGGAGGGCUGGGGCGGCAAGAACUGCUCCGAGCCCCGUUGCCCCGACGACUGCUCGGGCCAAGGCGUGUGCGUGGAGGGCGAGUGCGCGUGCGACCGCGACUUCGGCGGCGACAACUGCUCGGAGCCGCGCUGCCCGUCCGACUGCUCCGGGCGGGGCCUGUGCAUCGACGGCGACUGCGUGUGCGAGGAGGCCUACACUGGCGAGGACUGCACGCUGGGCCGCUGCCUGAACGACUGCUCCGACCAGGGGGCGUGCGUGAACGCCACGUGCCAGUGCCGGCCCGGCUACGUGGGGGAGGACUGCUCUCUGGUGUACUGCGCCAACAACUGCAGCAAGAAGGGCCUGUGCAAGGACGGCUUCUGCGUCUGCCAGGAAGGCUUCGCCGGCGACGACUGCAACUCAGUGGCAGCUGUCAUGAACGUGCGUGUGCGCGGUGUGACCGAGCGCACCAUAGAGCUGGAGUGGGAGGGAUCCGCCGUACUCACCGACUUCCUGUUGACCUACGCCCCCAGCAGCCUGGAGGCGUGGAGCUGGAGCUGAGGCUGCCGGGGAAACAGCACUAGCUGCUUGAUCUCGGAGCUGGGCGCCGGCGUGGAGUACAACAUCAACGUGUUCGCCGUCAUCAACAACAGCAUCAGCGUGCCCAGCAGCAUCACCGUGUCCACGUAUCUCUCCAACCCCAACGGUUUACUCUUCAAAUCCAUCACCGAGACCACGGUGGAGGUCCAGUGGCAGCCCUUCUACUACUCCUUCGAUGGAUGGGAGAUCAGUUUCAUCCCAAAGGACAACGACGGGGGAAUGACGGCGCAGCUGCCCAGCACCAUCACCUCCUUCCUGCAGAGCGGCCUGCGUCCCGGGGAGGAGUACACCGUCAACCUGGUGGCCCUCAGGGACCAGGGCCGGAGCCAGCCCGUCACCGCCACGGUCACCACGCUGAUCGACGGCCCCACCCAGCUGGUGGUGCGCGACGUGUCCGACACGGUGGCGUUCGUGGAGUGGACCCCGCCCAAGGCCAAGAUCGACCAGAUCGUGCUGCGCUACGGCCUGCUGGGGGGCGAGGGUCCCCGGACCACCUUCCGCCUGCAGCCCACCCUCAGCCAGUACUCACUACAGGUGCUGCGGCCUGGCUCCCGCUACCACGUGUCCGUGAGCGGGGUGAGGAGAGGCAACGAGAGCGGCCCCGUCUCCACCGAGUUCACCACCGAGAUUGAUGCCCCCAAGAACUUGCGGCUGCUGUCCAAGACCUCCACCACUCUGGAACUGGAAUGGGAUAAUAGUGAGGCAGAGGUGGAGGGCUACCAGGUGGUAUACAGCACGCUCGCAGGAGACCAGUACGACCAAGUCAUCGUGCCGCGCAACGAAGAAGCCACCACCAAGACCACCCUGACAGACCUGAUGCCAGGUACGGAAUAUGGUAUCGGCAUAUCUGCAAUGCAAGGCGCCAACCAGAGUACACCAGCAACCAUGAACGCCAGAACAGGUCUGGACGUUCCACUGGACCUCACCGUCACCGCCUCGACAGACAACACCAUCACUCUGGUGUGGGGCGUGGUAUCAGGCCCAAUCGAUCACUACAAAGUUACAUACACAUCGUCCUCCGGCACCACCACUGAGAAAACUGUUCCUAAGGAUGUGACGACCACCACUCUGACUGAUCUAGAGCCCGGCACGGAAUACACCAUUACCGUGGCCGCGCGGAGGGGGAGGCAACAGAGCACCGCCGCCACCAUCGAUGCCUUCACAGGCAUCCGGCCCGUGACCCACCUCUACCUGUCGGACGUGACGUGGGACUCGGCGGCGGCGGCGUGGAGCGCUCCGGCGCCGCCCGCCGACCUCUUCAUCCUCAGCUACGCCUCGGCCGACGGCACGGACACCUCCAAGGUGACCCUGGAGGGCUCCAGGACCCGCUCGCUGGUGCAGGGCCUACUGCCGGCCACGCACUACACCGUCAGCCUGAUCACCAUCCAGGGCGACGCCACGUCCGAGCCCGUCGACGCCCCGCUCACCACAGGCAUGGACCCUCCCAAGGAGAUCACCAUGUCUCUGGUAACGGAGGAUUCAGUGACCAUCUCCUGGAUCAAACCACUGGCCCCCUUCGACUACUACAAGAUGUCCUACCAGUCGGCUCGAGGUCGAGUGGACAGCCUGGUGAUUGACAGCGACGUCACCAACUACACCUUGUCCAGUCUGUUCCCCGCCACCGAGUACGAGAUCAGCCUCACGGCCGUGAUGGGCAGCCAGGAAAGCAAAGCGGUCAGCACGGCUGUCUUCACAGCGAUGGACAUGCCCGCCGAGCUGACAGCCCUCAACAUCACACCGCAAGGAGCCCUCCUGCGGUGGAAUCCGCCCAUGUCCGACGUCGACAACUACGUCCUCACCCUCACCCACAGCCAAGUGACCACAGACACCGUCCUGGUUGAGAGCAACAGGCAGGACCACCAGCUGGCCAGCCUCAGGCCCAGCACCACCUACUCCGUGGCCCUGUACGCCACCAAGGGCCCGCUCACCAGCGGCACCGUCAUCACCAACUUCCAGACACCCAUGGACGCCCCCCUGAAUCUGAGCGCCACUGAGGUCAACCACCGCAGUGCCCUCAUCUCCUGGCAGCCGCCCAUCGCCGAAAUCGACAACUACAUGCUCACCUACAAGUCAGCCGACGGAAGCCGCAAGGUACGCACACACCCACACACAGGAACACGCAGGCAUGCACUAAUGCACACACACACACACACACACACACACACACACACACACACACACACACACACACACACACACACACACACACACACACGCACAUGCACAAAUAUACACACACGACCCUCCCAGGUGUUCCAGCGGCGCCAGAACGGCCUGACAGACUUCUCCAGGAAGUGGAGCGACUACAGGGUGGGCUUUGGGAACCUGGAGGACGAAUUCUGGCUGGGACUAGACAACAUCCAGAAGAUGGCCGCCCAGGGUCGCUAUGAGCUGAGGAUCGACAUGAAGGACGGGCAGGAGUCGGUCUACGCCAACUACGACAAGUUCUCCCUGGGAGACGCCAAGAACCUCUACAAGCUCAGGAUAGGAGAGUACAACGGCACCGCUGGCGAUUCCCUGAUCUACCACCAAGGCCGCCCCUUCUCCACCAAGGACCGGGACAAUGACAUCGCCGUCACCAACUGCGCGCUCUCGUACAAAGGCGCCUGGUGGUACAAGAACUGCCACCGGGCCAACCUCAACGGGAAGUACGGAGAGUCCAGGCACAGUCAGGGCAUCAACUGGUUCAACUGGAAGGGCCACGAGUUCUCCAUCCCCUUCGUGGAGAUGAAGAUGAGGCCGUAUAACUACCGGAGCAUCAGUGGGAAGAGGAGGAGGUCCGCCCCUUUAUAAACAUCCCCCCCCCCCCCCCCCCCCCACACCCCCAACUUUUCUCUCUCUCUCUCGCUCUCUCCCCCCCCUCUCUUUCUCCCGCUCUCUCUCUCUAAGACAGACCUGAAUAAACAGAGUUGUUCGAAUGUCUGUAGCUCUCUCUCUCUCUCUCUCUCUCUCUCUCUCUCUCUCUCUCUCUCUCUCUCUCUCCCUGUUCAUCUCUCUCUUUCGCGCGUGCUCUCUCGCUUUCUCUCUCUCUCUCUCUCUCUCUCUCUCUCUCUCCCUGUUCAUCUCUCUCUCUCUCUAAGACCGACCUGGAUAGACGGAGUUUGUUUGAUUGUCUGUAGCACCGAUUCGACGGUAUCGCUCAUUACGCCGGGGGUACCGAGUAUCAUUAUUCCUGCUCUGUUUUGAUGUGGCCUAUAGGACGCCGCCGCGAACGCUACACGCCAUACAUAAGAAAAGCAUUCCAAGACGCGGUUCUAAGCACGGUGUGCCAAACAAAUAAGAGUUCUAGAGAACGAGAAUCGAACCCGCAGCAUGUGUGUGUGUGAAGAUUUUUACCAGAGCGCAAAGCCGAAACCCUCCUCCGAAGAAAAAAAGCGACUACCUGAAGAAGGAAACGCAAGCCAAACUCUGUGUAUCUAAGUUGACUCUCUUUCCAACCUCUGCUUCUUAGCUGUCCCCCCCCCCCCCCCCCCCCCUGCUGUACUUGGAAGCCACAUAAGAAGGCACUGUAUAUAAGUUAUUACGAUCAAUUUCAACGACAAUGAGUCGCUUUGCUGUAAAGGGAAGGGGGGAGCUGAGUCCCCUUUGCCUUUUCCUCGGGAUAGGAGGGGCAACGAUGCUCGGUGUGGUCCCCCCUAAAGCUCCUGAGUAGGAUAGCAUUAACAACAACAAUAACAACAACAAACGAAAACGAAAAAAAUACUUUUGACAAAUUGUAUGCCCUUAAAAAUAACUUUAAGAUAUCUCUAUUUUUAUACCUGAUAUUGUGAGAGAGGUCCAUUCAUGUCAUAUUAUGAUUUUUUGUUUUUUGUUUUUAUGAAGCCCGCAGUUGAUGUUAACGUCCUCGAUAAAUAGAAAUAAAGACAAGGUGCUCAUUAGAUUAACCAGGGGGUAAUACGCAUGGCAACUUACCACAGAUGAAACAGCUUUUGCAAAGGUACCGAAAAAAUGCACCAGCAGUACAUUGGGUACUAUUCGAGUACAUUCGAAGACGUCAGCGUGGGUUAAUUCACUCGAGCAGAAUAAAAACAGCCAUCAAUCAAUCAAAUGUUUAUUCGUUUUAUGUUGCAAGCGUUUUAAAAAACAUAAUUUGCAACUGUUUCGACACUCUGUGAGGCACUGUGAGCGGGGAAUUAAUUUAGUUUCAUGACAAAAUAUGUAUAUGAUAUUGGUUGUUCACUGUUUUUCCAUACAAACGAACAAGACAAACAUAUUUUGCCUGCUUGUCUUGAUUUGAAUACAAAUCUGGUACUGGGAUACUAACUUCUGAUAUUAAUACACCCAAUGUUCCCAUUUUCCAAACCAUGGAUGUUGCUGUCAGGGAUGGGGUCAUGAGGUGUAUUCAACCCACUAAUGACCCUCACAUCAUAAUAAUACCUAUAGAAUACAACAAUCUGUUGUGUCCCUAUAAGCUGUUUGGUCCAUAUAAAGAACAAUGUGAGCACCGAGCAGGAGUUCUCAUCAUGUGCAUUUCUAUCUCAUACACGUGUCUUAUUAGUUAGGAUGUUCCUUGCAAUGUUACAAUUCAGGACAGUAAUUGAUGGACUGUGCCGCACGCACACGCACACACACACACACACACACACACACACACACACACACACACACACACACACACACACACACACACACACACACACACACACACACACACACACACACACACACACACACACACACUCAUCCAUCACAUCCACAGGUCUGUAUCCGCAUAGUCUAAAUAAAGCAUCCAUGGUUGACAGGCACACACCAACCAGAUGACAGCGAUCAUCAGUCAGGGCAGCCUUUCAUCCAGCUAUUCUGCUGUAUGAGUGUAAGAAACAAUCUGUAGACCAAAAAGUACCAAUUAUAAUGCCUUAUGGAAAAAGAUAUUAAAAUGAACUAUAUAGUGAGAAUUCCUUGCAGCUGGAAGUCACAUAAGUUCAUCCUAGAAGUGCCACCACAAAUGACCAUCCCUGAAAGCAAUAUCUCGCCUGCUUUUGAUUUUUAAUUGGAUUUCUUGUUCGAGAAUUAUUUUUUCUUCCAAAAACCAUAAUGUGCAUAUUUAAAUAACUGUAUUUUUGUUUUAACCGAUUGCAACAGCACAGAAGGGUUGUGUCAAGUUACUUUGUAUAUGUUAGUUGUUUCCUUUACUGCUCGGCUUGAGUCAACGAUAAUGAGCCCUUUCAUAUAUUUCCAGUUCUGAUUUAGGUUUCUGUGCUGCCUAUUACUAGUCUAGACACUAAGAUGCCCUCUGACUCAUUUCCCAAUGUAACCUUUAUGUUUUUAAGUCAUGUUAGCUACAACUAACCCAUUGUAACCCACAUCUCAUAGAUUUGUUUUCAUCAUAGUGUUGAGUUAUGUCCUACGUGUCCAAGUGUAAGUUUCUUGUGAAAUGAUUUUGAUGGGAGGGAUACUUGAAGAGACUAUUUGAUUUCCUUUUCAAGCACCAAAUUUGUCAGGAAAUCAUGGUUGAGAUAGAAGAAAGGGGAAUAGAUCAAGAAAGAAUGAAAUCGAAAAAAUAUAAAUCAUUUCAAAGUUAACUUGGCUCUUGCACAUCCAAUGAAUCUGUUGAGUUCCACUUGCCGGUUCAACUCUGCUCAUGUACUAUAUAUCCAGAGAUUAUUUGUGUUAGAACAAAUUGUGUGUUUUACUUCAUUAACUAUGUAGAUUUAUUUAGCCUCAGUGCUUUAUUUCUCAAGGGUUAAAGGUUGGAAGACGAGGAACAGAAUCUACCGUGUUGUGUAAUGACAAGCGAGCAUGCUUCAAUGCAUUUCAAAAAGCUGUCUUUGAAGUUGUUCUGCCCAUUGUGCAAGGAGAAAGUGUAAGCAGAUUUUCACAAUACACACUGGAAAAUGUCUUCAUUAGUGUUUCGUUGUAUUCAUGCUAUUUAUUCAAACCAUUCUUUUAACUUUUAUUGUAGAUUCACAUUGUUACAAUUCAAACAGUACAUGUUCUUGGUUAAAAAUUGUUAUUUAAUAUUUAUUUAUUGUAAUACCCAAUUCCCAAUCAUUUAUUGGGACAUUCCGGUCAACAUAAUCAAAUUGGUAUGAUUAUUUAUUUUCAUUGAGAAACAGGCCAUAUAGACUCCCUUUUCACUAUGCCUUUUUUCUGUGAUGCAAAUGAAAGAGUGAAAGAGAAGGAAUGAUUGUGAAAUCAAAACACUUAAUGUAAAGCUUUAGACGGGGCCAAUUAAAGUAAAAGGUUGGAUGAGUAACACAAUUACCAAUCUCCUCCUCUAUUGAGAUUGAAACACUAACUUUAACAUGUAUUUUCUGUUCGAACUUUGAUUUCAUUUGCAAAAUGGCAUUGUAUUUUUGAUUAUUUAUUGUAUUGAUAUUUAUUUUAAAAGUGUAUUGACUACUUGCAUUAAAUGCUACAUUGUAAAAAUAAGUAUAAUGCCAGUCCAUUCUGCUAUUGGAUCCUUUAAUCGUAUGAUGACAAACUGUCUUUCUGACAUUGCAAAGAUGUGUAAGAAGUAUUUCUCAUAUACGCCACACAACUUCAUUCAUCUUAGAAGUGUCAUUGCAGAAAAAGCGGGAUUUUGACUGUUGAAAAGCUAUUGGCAAGCUAUAUAUGCUGAAUUGACUUUCUGUUGGAUAAUGUUUGCUAGUACCAUACAAGUUAGCUCUAGUUUGACUUAAACAUGUAUUAUAUAGUUCCUUUUUUAAUACAUUUUCUACAUAUUAAUAAAAUAUUGAAAGGUUA